AUGUCCUCAUCUCAAGUUCAUCCCACUGAUGAAGAGAACCAAGAGGUUACUGAUGUAGAAGAUGAAAGCAAUUUGAAGUGUCGAUUUGGACCUAAAGGCUGUUUAAACAUAAAAUGGGUAGUUUUCUGGUUGUGUGUGAUCGGCUUCAUAGAGGGAGCUGCAGUCAAUGGAGUCACCAAUAUAGUGUUAACUACACUAGAGAGACGUUUUAGUCUGCCAAGCUCACAGUCUGCCCUGAUCGUCAGUUCUACAGACAUUGGUGCUGUUAUAUUUGUACUGUUUGUUAGUUUCUAUGGUGCUAAGAAGAACCGUGCUGUUGUUGUAGGUCUGGGAACAUUAAUAAUGUCGCUCGGUUCCUUUCUUUUUCUGAUUCCGCAUUUUGCAUCAGACACGUAUGAUUAUCAAGGAGCAAAUGUCAAUUCAACAAGUCAGAUAUGUGAGAUCGACGGUGAUGAUACGUGUACCGCACCAUCACAGUCUGGUAGUGGCUUUUUGUACGUGUUUAUGUUGGCUCAGUUUGUACAUGGUAUUGGAUUUACACCAAUGUUUACACUUGGAACAGCAUACGUAGAUGAUAAUGCUAAAACAGAAUCAACGGCUAUUUAUUUAGGAUUGAUUUAUGCAUUGACAGCAUUAGGCGUUGCCGCUGGAUACAUGGGAGGUGGACAGUUUCUAUCACUUUGGGUAGAUUUUGAAAGAGUGGAUACCACGUAUAUUUAUGACAACUUUACACCAAUGGAUCCAAUAUGGGUAGGAGCUUGGUGGGUUGGUUUUAUCAUAACAUGUGUAACUUUCUUCCUGUCAGCUAUACCAAUGUUUGCCUACCCGAAAAACUUGCCAGGAAGUGCUGCUAUAAGAGCUGCACGUUUGACAGAGGAAGACAGAGCAAGAGUAGCAAAGCAAAAGGAUGACACUAGACCUCUAAAAUUAAAGAUACUAGAUUUUCCAAAAGCAAUAUUUAUUCUUAUCAAAAUACCAUGCUUUGUAAUUAUUACUUUGGCUGCAUGUGCCGAGACAUUAAUCAUAGGAGGUCUGGCAGCGUUUGCACCAAAAAUCUUGGAGGAGAAAUUUGAUGUCGUUCCUAGUGAUGCCGGACUUAUAAUGGGUGCGGUGACAUUGUUAGGUGGAGCAGGUGGUAUGGUUUUCGGAGGUGUUUUAAUUAAAUGCUUUAAACUGCAAGUUCGUGGCAUGACAAGGUUGUGCUGUUUGAUGGCUUUAUUAUCACUAGCAAUCGGAGCAGGAUUCUUCAUCAACUGUGAAGAAAAAUCGUUCGCUGGUUUAUCAUCUGCCUAUUCAGACGGAAGUUUAGGUGUAGGCAAUAUCAUAUCCACUUGUAAUGUGGAUUGUGGAUGUACAACAUCAGCAUUUGAACCUGUUUGUGGAUCAGAUUCCGUAACCUACUUUUCAGCCUGUCAUGCUGGGUGUAAUAUUAGUGAUACAGAUUCCAAUAACUCAACUGAAAUUGGUUUUAUUAAAAGGUUUAGUCAGUGUGGCUGCAUUGGAUCAUAUGGUAAUGGCACAGCGAUAACUGGAGAAUGUGGAAGUAGUUGUAAUAUCUACAUUGUGUUUAUUAUUCUUUUAUUUUUUGCCAUGCUGUUUACAUUUACGACGGUAACACCUGCAUCAAUGGCUAUUUUAAGGUGUGUACCUGAUGAACAUAGAGCAGUUGGUCUUGGUUUACAGUGGGUAUUACUAAGACUUUUAGGAACAAUUCCUGGACCUGUCUUGACUGGUUCUGUACUGGAUACUUCUUGUGAAGUCUGGCAAGACACGUGUGGCACCAAAGGUUCCUGUUGGGUUUAUGAUCGCAUGGACAUGAGUUGGAAACUUUUUGUUUGGUGGUGCGCUGUGAAAGUAGCCAGUUCAAUUGGAUUCUUUAUUGGUGGUAAAUUAUACAAGGCGCCUGAACGGACCACAUUGGACAUAAAAUCGCCAAUUGAAACAAACAAUGUACCUAAUGGCGAUUAUGACGUAAACUUUAAACACAAGAAGCCAUAUGACAACAUGGCGUAUUUGUCAAGUGAAGCGCCACCAUCUACCUCCAAUAAUGAUGUUGUCCUGUCGACACAUAUAUGAGCAAUACUUAAUGCUUUUAUUUUUUGCAUCAACUACGAGCACAAGCUGUGAUUAAUUUGAUUGCACUCUUACUCUUAUCUAAAUUAUUCAUUACACGCAUUAUAAAGGUGCGUUCACACGAUACAAAUUUCCUUCAUAUUAAAUACUAUCGCCUAGGUAAAUCGCACAGCUUCUACGAUACAAUACAAUUUUGUAUUCGAUUAACUAAACAACAUCAGUUGUAAGUGUUCACAUGUUGCGAUUUUUGUGCGAUUCGACAUUGAAGGAAAAUAUCGGAUGGAAAAUCGUAUGGUGUUCCCCGAUUUAUUGUGAUAAAUGACGAAGAACUUUCCUUUUGCAUAUAUAUGUGGAUUACUGUCAAAAAUGUAGACCUCCAAUGACAGGUCAAUCGAGACAAAAUAAACCCCGUUCCCUGCGAAUUUAAAUCUUGACUGGGGUGAAUUUAUCAAGGAUAAC